AUGAGUUCUUAUUAUGUGGAUGGUCUUCUUAGCAAAUAUACGGCGAGUAGUUCUCUGUUCCCAAACAUAGACCGGGCUUCUUGCGGUAUUGGACCCAGUGGAGAGGACUAUGCCUCGGCUCGGACAGCUGCAGCCAUCGCUUUUGCACCGCCCCGGUCUGGAGUUUACAACGUCAACAAUGCAGUGUACCAGAGCCUCCCAAUGUUUACCUCGGGCUGUGCCCAGGGACAGGACGCACACACACCGCAAUGCAGUCCGUUUGACCAGAGCCGCCUGUUCACCGACAGCUGCUGCAAUCCGGGGCCGGGACCCCUAACCUCGCCGCCGGACAAACAAUACCGGAUGUACCCCUGGAUGAAAACAUCAGAUCCAAACAGAAAGCGGGGACGGCAGACCUACUCCCGGCACCAGACCCUGGAGCUGGAGAAGGAGUUCCACUUUAGUCGGUACUUGACCCGCAGGCGCAGGUUCGAGAUAGCCCAUGCCCUCUGCCUCUCAGAGAGACAGAUCAAAAUCUGGUUUCAGAACCGCAGGAUGAAGUGGAAGAAAGACAACAAGGACGAACCGGUGCCCACCAUGGAGGAAAAGGACCGUGAUAUCCAAGCGGUGUCCGAGGCCGGGGAGCUCCAUGCUGGAGACACCCGGAGCGCCAGCUUUGAGUCAGAAAAUGCUGCAAAGUAA